AUGACCUAUGUCAGGCAGGGCGGGAAGGCGCGGGCCAAAGCCAAGUCGCGGUCCUCGCGGGCCGGGCUGCAGUUCCCGGUGGGCCGGGUGCAUCGGUUGCUCCGGAAAGGUAAUUAUGCGGAGCGGGUCGGAGCCGGGGCCCCGGUCUACCUGGCGGCCGUGCUGGAGUACCUGACGGCCGAGAUCCUGGAGCUGGCGGACAACGCGGCGCGGGACAACAAGAAGACGCGCAUCAUCCCCCGCCACCUGCAGCUGGCCAUCCGCAACGACGAAGAGCUCAACAAGCCGCUGGGCAAAGUGACGAUCGCGCAGGGCGGCGUCCUGCCCAACAUCCAGGCCAUGCUGCUACCCAAGAAGACCGAGAGCCACAAGGCCAAGUAAACCCAGCCCUGAAGGCAGUCUGCCUCGGAAGAGUUACACCAAAGGCUUUUUUCAGAGCCACCUCCCUCGCCAUAAAAAGGGCUCGGUUAUCGCUGGGGUCAGUUACAAGCAGGAAAAGUCAUUUUAUUUGCAGCUUACUCAAGCGGCCGGGGGAUAUUGGCGGCUGAUGGGGACUUUGCUCGCGCGCAUAGGUUUCCGAGCAGCCGGGAGCUCUCCCUGUAAGCCCCGCUCCCCUCUGCCCUCCUUGUCCCAGCUCCGCCUCGCAGGCUCCUUCCCAAACAUUCGGACGCUGAAAAGCGGGGCGGGUUGGCAGGGGCGAAUCCCAGCGCAGCGCGGGCUUUUCAAAACAGCGAAAACGAAUUAAACCUGAGACAGGCAGGAAGUUUAAAAAAAAAAUGUAUUGUCCACUCAUCACCGGCAGCAACAGCCUCACUCCUCCACCCCACCCCCGCCCUCCCGAACCGAUCCCGCCCCCACCAGCGCAGUAGAGGACGCAGAUAAGCGACCACCCUUUCUGCCCCUUAUUCCGCCCGCCUCCCCUCUUCCAGCUCUUGGGACUGGAGCCAUUAUUGCUCAACCGCGGACUUUCCCGGGGUAAGGCCGGGCUCUGGCGGCUCCGACUCGCCUGGAAGCUGUCCCCUCUGCCUUCCCUCCACUGAGUCCAUUCCGGGGUAAAUGAAGCUGCUUCUCCAAUCCUGCUUGCAAAAAGCAGAG